AUGGCUAUACUUAAUAAAGCAAUCAAACUUGCUUCAGGAGUGCAGAUCCCACAGAUAGGAAUAGGAACUUUUGACAUGAGAGGCACUGAUUGUACAAGUGCGGUUUCAAGCGCACUUAAACUUGGAUACAGACAUAUAGAUACAGCACUUGCAUAUAAGAAUGAAAAUGUCCUAAAACUCGCUGUAAAUCGAGUCCCGAGGGAAAAUGUUUUUAUUUCUACCAAAAUUAUCCCUUCCAGCAAAGGAUUUCAAUUUACUUAUAUAAAAGUUCUGAAGUCUUUAGAAGCAAUGCAUUGCAAAUAUUUUGAUAUGGUGCUUCUUCAUUGGCCAGGAGUUGAUGGAUUUAGGCCUGAUGACCCUAGAAUGCCUAAGAUGAGGUUGCAUAGCUGGGAGGCAUUAGAAGUUUUGAAAGAAGAAGGGAAAGUAAAAAGUAUUGGGGUCAGCAAUUUUUUGAUAAACCAUUUAGAACAAUUAUUGGAACGAGCUAAGACAAAGCCUGAUGUAAAUCAAAUUGAGCACCACCCUUAUUGCCAAAACGGAGGAUUAAUCGAUUUUUGUAGAGAAAAUAGCAUACAAAUAGUAGCGUCUUCACCUUUAGCGAAAGGAAAUGAAUCGUUAUUCAAUAAUGAAACCCUAAAAAGCAUCGCAGAAGACAAAAAGGCUACAGUUGCCCAAGUGGCUCUGAAAUGGGCUGCACAAAAAGACUUUGUGAUAAUCCCAAAAAGUGUGAAUCUAUCUAGAAUGAAAGAAAAUAUAAACCUGGAUUUUUUCAGCUUAAACGCAGAAGAUUUGGCAAGAAUUGACUCAUUGAAUCAAAAUUUUCACGUCUCUUGGGACCCAUCCACUAUUUUAACUUAA